GAUAUCCCUGUGCAAACCCACCUAGCCUUAUACAGAAUUCCUGAAGAUCAUUAAUUAACGCAUCGAGGAUACAUCCAGAAGACGAAAACAUCUCGAUUUAUCUGCCUCGACCCUCCAUUUGCCUUCUCCGAACCCGAGCUUCCGUAAGUCCGCCCCGCGCUUUACAUCCGGCCGAGAUAGAGUCAUACGGCUUGUGAUCGAGUGUUCACUUCCCCAUUGCGACACUUAUAAACACUCAAUUGGACCCAAUACCUUAUAUAUUCGCCUUACCGCGCACAAACGCAUCAUCCAUCCCGUUUGCAAUCCGCAGAAGCCCCCCCUAUCUUCGAAUCUCGUUUCGCCACAGUUGCCCCGCGUCGAAUCCCGCAUAGAGGGGCAGAUCCAAACACCCUCACUCAAGCGACCCAAUUAUACAACUAGCCAUGGCGUCGCCUUCGGACUCCAGCCUGAAGUUCGAUUCUAUCGAAGACACUCUCGCUGCUUUUAAGAAGGGUGAAUUUAUUAUCGUACUCGACUCCCAAGAUCGCGAAAAUGAAGGCGACCUGAUCAUUGCCGCUGAGGCCAUCACCGACGCCCAGAUGGCCUUCCUAGUGCGGUACACGAGUGGACUCAUCUGCGCCCCCAUCACCCCCGAAAUCGCCCAACGUCUCGCGCUUCCCCAGAUGGUGCUCGAAAACGCAGACCCCAAGGGCACCGCCUACACGGUCUCAAUCGACUCGAGCGACCCCUCCGUCACGACCGGUAUCUCCGCUCAGGACCGCGCCCUGGCCUGCCGCACGCUCGCCUCUCCCACAGCCCGCGUCGACGACUUCCGACGUCCAGGCCACAUCAUCCCCCUGCAGGCCCGCAGCGGCGGCGUCCGCGAGCGGAAAGGUCACACGGAGGCGGCGGUGGAGUUCUGUCGACUGACGGGCAAGGUCCAGGCGGGUGUGAUCGCGGAGCUGGUCGAGGACGGCGAGCUGGUCGACGGGGUGCCCGAGAUCCGUGGCAACAACGGCAUGAUGCGCCGCGACGGGUGUCUGCGCUUCGGUAAGAAGUGGGGGAUCAAGGUCUGCACGAUCGAGGAUCUGGUCGAGUAUGUGGAGAAGACGGAAGGUGGUGUCACGACGAAUGGGAAUCAAUGAACAUGAUGCGCGCAAAAGAAAGAGGUAGAUCGUUGUGGUUUGCUUUUCCCCUUCAUCUACUGUAUAAACGUCUCCCUUUAUGAGUGGGAUUUCUCCCUGUUCGCUAUGUACAUCUGGAUCAGGCUCUUUGGAUUUGUUCGUUUAUUGCAUCUUGCGCGGCUUGGGUGCUUUUUUUCUGCGAAAGGGUUGACAAAAGAUGUGGGAAAAAGGGAAAAAUAGAUUCUUGUCUUUACGGCUGAUAUACCUAUAUUCAUGGGGAUUCGAGGCUUAUUCUUAGGAAAAGAAAACUAAUACACG